AUGUAUUUUAUUUUAAUCAGUUUUGAUGUAUGAGAUAUCAUGCAUCAUAUAAUCAUACAUCAAUUGUUCAGUUUUUAUCACUGAUAGUCAUAUUUUAAAACAUUUCUGGAGGUAACUGGAGGCACAACGGCACGACUACAUACUUUGACAAAUUUAAAAGUAUAACAACAAAUAGCAUUAGAAACGAAUUGUAUAUAAAUAUGGUGCUACUAGGGGAAACAUUUCCAAACUUUGAAGCAGAUACUCAAACGGGCACAAUUAAUUUUCACGAUUGGCUAGGCGACUCAUGGGGUAUUUUGUUCUCUCAUCCGAAUGAUUUCACUCCUGUAUGUACAACAGAAUUGGCUCGAGUAGCAAAAUUGAUGCCCGAAUUUAAAAGAUUAGGAGUAAAAGUUAUUGGUUUGUCAUGUAAUUCAGUCGAAUCACAUCGUAAAUGGAUAGAGGACAUAAAGUCUUAUGGACAAAUAAAGGUAGACGAGUUUCCGUAUCCGAUAAUAGAAGACGAAUCUCGGAAACUUGCAACAUCAUUGGGAAUGUUAGAUCCUGCAGAAGUUGAUGGUCAUGGUAUACCUAUGUCUGCUAGGGCAGUAUUUAUCAUUGAUCCUGUUAAAAAAAUGAGAUUAUCAAUUUUAUACCCUGCAACGACUGGAAGAAACUUUGAUGAAAUUUUACGAGUAAUUGAAUCACUUCAGCUGACAGAAAAGUAUAAAGUGGCAACUCCUGCUGAUUGGAAGAAUGGUGAAAAUGUUAUGAUUCAGCCUAGUGUUACUGAAGAAGAGGCAAAAACGCUGUAUGAUAAUAUUGAAACUUUAACACUACCAUCGGGCAAAACUUAUUUGCGUAUUGUACCUCAGCCAACCUACACAUAAAUAAUUCUUUGAAAUAUGAAAAACAAUUAUUUUACAAUGUAUUUUCUUAAAUUACCACAAUUGAUGUUGUAAAAAUUAAAGUACACAUUCUGAUAUUAUA